GGGCGGGGUGCGACUGUGAGCGCGAAACAUGGCGGGGCUAGGUGCUGGCUGCGGCGGCGGAGGCAACGAGGGUCAGGACGACGACAGCGUGUUCAAGGCGGCCGUGGAGGUGUUCACGAAGCUGAAGGAGCUCAACUGCCCCUUCCUCGAGGGUCUGUAUAUCACAGAACCCAAGACCAUUCAGGAACUGCUGUGCAGCCCCUCGAAGUACCGCUUGGAAAUCCUGGAGUGGAUAUAUAUACGGGUCUGCCCCUCCUGGCAGGACAAGUUCAGCUCACUGAAGGGGGCUCCAGCCGAGGUGAAGGUCCAAGAGAUGGUGAAACUAGGCCAUGAGUUGAUGCUGUGUGGGCCGGAUGACCAGGAGCUCCUGAAGGGCCAGGCCUGCUCCCAGAAGCAGCUGUGCUUCUUGGACCAGCUGCUGGAUGUGGCCCAGAGCCUGACCAUUGGAUGCUCCAGGGGCUCCAGUGUGAAGGAGCACUUUGAGGACAUCAGGGAGAAGAAUGAGGCGCUGCUGGGGGACCUCUUCUCGAGCUCCCACCUGCGGAUGCUGCUGAGCCCCAAGUGUGACCCAUGGCCUCUGGACAUGCAGCCCCUUCUGGACAAGCAGAGCGAUGACUGGCAGAGGGCUAGCCCCACCAGUGAGUCAGAGGAAGAGAAGGUGGAGGAGCUGGCCAGGCAGCUGCAGGAGAGCGCCACCAGGCUGCAGUCGCUCAGGCUGGAGUGCUUUGCGCGGCAGAAGCCAGGGGCCGCUGUGAACAGGGCUGACAACAGUACCCUGGACCAGAAACUGCGCUUGGUCAUCUCUGACUUCCAUCAGCUCAUCAUGGCUUUCCUCCAAGUGUAUGAGGAUGAGCUGGGGGAGUGCUGCCAGUGCCCAGGCCCCUACCUCCACCCAUGUGGCCCCAUCAUCCAGGCCGUGUACCAGACUCUGACUUCAUGGAGCCAGCUAUUGAAAGCAGUCGUGGAGGUCACUGACACCUCGGUGAAAGCCGUGGAGAUGGCAAAGCAGCAGCAGGGCGAGCCGGUCUGCUGGGGCAGGAGCAACUCUGUGAUGAGUCUAGCCACCAAAAUGGAAGAACUAACCCAGAAAUAUGAGAUUUUCAGCGACGGUCUGCACAAAGGCCCGGGGUAGCCUGGGAGCUGGCAGCUCUUUCCCCAGUUGUCAGGCAGCGGGGGCCGGGGGGUGCUGAGCCAUCAGCAGUCACAGCCCUCGAGUUCUCCGGACACGGCCUCCGAGUACUCAGCGCCUGCAGCUCUUUGGGAAGGGGUAGAGGCAGGGUAGGGCAGUGUGAGCUGGGAGAAAAGAAAACUCAGGUUCUAAGAAGUUA